CUUUUCAGUCCAUGUAUAAAGUCCACUCUCCCGGGAUCGCGUGUUGCAGACACUGCCUUCCACGUUCUCUCAGAGACCGAGCUAGAGACCCAGGCUCCCCCAGGAGUGUGAGGCAACCAUGGUUCAGAAGUUCCAGCUCCUGUUCCUGCUGGUGGUGUUGGGGUGGGUCCAGCCUUCCCUGGGCUCGGAAACGGCGGCCGAGAAGUUUGAGCGGCAGCACAUGGACAGCGACGGCUCCUCCAGCAGCAACUCCAACUACUGCAACCAAAUGAUGAAGCGUCGUGAAAUGACAGGUGGAUAUUGCAAGCCAGUGAACACCUUUAUUCAUGAGUCCCUGGAAGAUGUGCAGGCCGUCUGCUCCCAGGAAAGCGUCACCUGCAAAAAUGGGCAGACCAACUGCCACCAGAGCACAUCCACCAUGCACAUCACAGACUGCCGUGAAACGGGCAGUUCCAAGUACCCCAACUGUGCAUACAAGGCCAGCAAUCUGCAGAAACACAUCAUCAUAGCCUGUGAGGGGAACCCGUACGUGCCAGUCCACUUCGACGCUUCGGUGUAGCUGUCCAUCUGAGGCCGGAGCAGCAAGAUAUCCCAUUUGAUCAUGAAGGCAUCUGUCUCUCCUUUCUUGCUUCCUUGCCCUCAGAGCAACUACGCAGCACGCACACACGCUUCCCUGGCCUCACAUUGCCCCUGCGUGGUUUAGGGGUAGAGGGGUGGCUUGUGAGUUGGGGCCCAUGUUACCCACUUCACUACUUCUUUCAAUAAAACACAGCUGCAGUCACCUGAA